AUGGUGCGUGCCACGAAUGCAGAGCAGCGGGAUUUGAUUGUGCAAGUAAUCCACAGCUUGCAUUCCUCUGAAGAAAACUGCAAACCAGUGCAAAUAUUCUUCACUGGCCCGGCGGGCUGUGGCAAAACGUUCACUUUGCGCAUUCUAAUGGAGACAGUGAACCGGUACAGCCAAGCUCAUAAUAAGCAGCACAACGCUUAUGUAGCAUGCGCAUCCACUGGAAAAGCAGCGGUUGCAAUAGGUGGAACAACAGUGCAUUCCGCAUUCCGGAUUUGCAUGUCGCGUAGGCAAAGCUCAAAGCUGAGUUUCGAGGCAUUACAACUGUACCGGAACGCCUUCGCCAACGUGAAGCUCAUCAUUAUCGACGAAACAAGCAUGCUGGGUGCUGAUGUCCUCAACACAGUACAUGUCCGGCUUCAAGAAAUCACGGGGAACUACGACGAUCCAUUCGGUGGAAUGCCGAUCGUAUUUUGCGGCGAUCUUCGUCAAUUGCCACCGGUCAAUGCACGGGCGGUGUUUAAACCGAGCAUAAACUCCAUGCAUGGCGCCGUUUUAUGGCAAUCUCUCGACUUCUACCCAUUGGUUCAAGUUAUGCGACAAAUCAACGAGCAGUUCUCCAGCAUUCUCACAAAAAUUGGCAACGGUGAGCGGAUGUCGUCUGAGGAAAUCGAGCUUAUUGAAAGCAGGUUCCGUACGGAGGAGUGGUGUCGGCAGCAUGUCCCUCGAGGGAUCCGGUUAUUCCAUCGGAACGCUGAUGUCGAACGGUAUAACUCUGUGGCGUUGAUGGAUCGAGAGGCUGUCGAAUGUACUGCAGAUGACCUAUACUCUGGUUAUAAGGACAAUUCCCAGCUGGCCAGUGCUCGCACAAAGGUGCAUAAGAUGAGUGUAGUAGAGACUGGUGGCUUACCGUAUCUGUUGCGUCUUGUUCUUGGUACACCUUAUAUGCUGACCACCAACGUGGAUGUCGAAGAUGGCAUCGUGAACGGAGCGAUCGGAGAGCUCAUGCAUGUUGAGUACAACGAAGAAAACUCGCAGCAACAGGCAAUCACGAAGUUUUGGAUGGCAUUCGAAAAUGAGUCCAUUGGGAAGAUGUUGAGAGUGAAGGCCAGACCGCUGGUGUAUUCGAGACCUGGGGUGCUACAAACAGGCUGGACUCCAAUCGUCAAACGAUCGGCGAACGUAACCCUUAACGGUGGUGUUAAGUGCAAAAGAGUUCAGUUUCCCGUCGUAAGUGCGUGUGCCCUCACAGUCCAUAAGUCCCAGGGAGGCACAUUCUCGGAAGUCAUAUAUAAUUACGAUAAGGGUCAGGAACAGCAGCUAGUUUACGUUGGUCUUUCCAGGGUUACAUCAAUCGACGGAUUGUAUCUGACGAAUGCCAGUAACUCAUUCCGGUUCCACCACGGAAAGGGUUCUAUGACCCCUAGAAUGAACGACCUUCGGACGGAACUUGAACGUUUGAGUAACCAUCGUAUGCGCACCAUUACAGACGAUAUCAUGGAAGCUAUAACCGCAAACAAAUCGGGUGCUUACCGCCGUUGA